AUGAUCGCGGUUUAUACAAAUUGAUCAUCCUUGCAUACGUUCUCAACAGCGAGGCGUAGGGACUUGCCGAAGCAGCUGGCGCAGUAAAGACGUCUGACAGCUCAAGCUGCGCUAUUACUUAGUGUGUGAGAUCACAAUUGUUCAGCAAAGUUAAUAGUUCUUGCAAUACUUUUGGGUCAGUAGAACAGUCAAGGUACCCGGGUAGCUCGGCGGACGCGCACAACAGUAGAGCCGGCCGCUCGGCGACCUACCGCCGCCGUCGGUAAUAUGCGUCCGGCAUCACUAAUACUCAUCGUUAUUGUGGGCACAACGCUAUGCGCGUCGGCGGCUGCCCAAGUUAAGAGCCCGAAGCCACCGCGCCCGCCCCGGCCGCCGCCCCGGCCGCCGACGAUGAAGCCCCCACCGCGCCCGCCCAAGCCGCCUCGGCCGCCGCCACCGCUGCGUGGCUCACCCAGGCCGCCGCCUCCACCCCGGUCGCCGCCUCCACCCAGGCCGCCGCCUCCACCCCGGCCGCCGCCUCCACCGCGCCCACCACCUCCCAGCAACAUUGUGCGAGGCGCCGCAUUGCCGCCUCCUCCCGUCCAGCGGUCGUCCCCGCCCCCGCCCAUUCCUACUGCUGGUGGUGGCAGCGGCCUGCUUGGAGGCGGCGGCUGCCCCGACGCGCAGGCUGUAUUCGACAGCACCAACAUGUACCGGGGCUGGCACCAGGCGCCGCCGAUGACGUGGAGCCCGACCCUGGCGGCGGCGGCGCAGGCGUAUGCCGAGGUGCUGGCGCCCAAGGGAUGCCCGCUCAUCCACGCCGGCGUCGGCGGCGAGAAUCUUUUUACCACAACGCAGUAUCCCAAGCCCGACAACACCUGCCUGCGGGCCAUCAACGCCUGGUACAGCGAGGAGGCCUACUACGACUACAGCGUGGCCAACGCCUUCACCUACAACUGGCCCCGCGGCGUCGGGCACUUCACUGCCAUGGUGUGGAAGGGCGGGCGCUCCUUCGGCUGCGGCGUGGCGCGGGCGGACGUGCCCAUGGCGGCAAUGCCAGGUGGCUUCGCGGGCUGCAAGAUCGUGGUCUGUCGCUACUCCCUGCCCGUCAAUGUCGCGGACAAUACGGCGUUCAAGCAAAACGUCCUGCCGAAGGUGUGAUGGACGCGGCUUGUCCUGGCCACGUCAUCGGGCAGUAAUCCAUUCUUUUUCCUUCCUAGUUGGCUGCUGAGAACCCGAGGCGGCCCGAGUUUUGCCUCGCGAAGAACAAAAGCUUCAUCUGAUAAACAACUCGGACCCGGACCUGUCAUGACAAAAUCAUGACUUGAGCAUGGCACCACGUAAGUGGUGGCGCUCUCGGACAGCUGAACGCCUGCGUGCUGUGUAUAGCACCGGCGUCGGCUUGUUGUUUCCGACUUCUGCACAAGAAGUUGCUGUUGGUCUUUGAUGGCUGGCUGCAUCGUGUAGGAGACACACUGUCAUUAUUUAGCGUCGCACUGGAGUCUCCAUCUGUUGUACGAAGCACUCUCAUGCUCUGUGUGAUUCAGGGCGUGUGGUUGGGGAGGGCUGCCUGAUGUUCACAAUUCAAAAUAAACGGGGGUGUUAUAGAUGGAAUGUCGACGCGCGGCCAGACAGGCCGAACCGGACCUCGCCAUUCACUACAGGCGGAAGUCUGUUUUGUGGCGCGGAGAGUGCUCGUGCACGUGUGAGUGGCUGUGUUUGCAAGCAGGGGGGCCGGACAAAUUUAUAUGUACAAAGUUAUUGUAUGAUACAUUCGUUAAGCGUGGGUGCGUUAACUGGCCACGGUGCCGCCUUGAGCUUGGGGUUUCUAGACCCUAACUACAUUCACCUCGCCGGGCUUGCGCUGCCGGGCACAUCUGCAAAGACAUGGACGCACGGCAGCGCAAUGCACGGCAGGCAGCGGGUUGCGGCAUGCAUUAUAUACUGGCAAUGGUCUGAAUGGACGGCCUGGACAGCUUGGCCCGCCGGGUUGGUCGCCUAUGAUGAGGCUUAGAGUGGAGGUUGACAGAGAUGUAGCAGGUAAGCGCGGACUUCGUGUAAACGCGUCUGCCAUGUUUCCUAGCUAUGUUCAUAAAUUGUACGAGGUUCGUGUUUGGAGCUUUCAAGGUUAUUCACCAAGCAGCGACUACUGAUCAAGAUUUGCUGGACAAGUAAGAGCGUGUGCGUGUGUAGGGUGAGUGCUUGUGCGGCGCGGCAAUCGGCACUUCCCAGUGUUUCCGAUGCGCAUGCAAGCCGGCGUUCCUAGAAGCCCAGUACGUGCAGGUGUUAUUCUUAUUCUUUAAGCGUGUUUAUUUAGGUAAGCAAACAGACCCACGCCUGCGCGGCGUUGGAGGUGGACUUCACGUUGAAGAAGGUCUGUUUACGAAUGUGCACUGCGCGCAGGUGUGAAGUACGGCAGUUGGGCCCCGGUGGUCCCCAUAUUGAGGGUUGGACCCACCAUCGAAGAAGGUGGUUGGCAGUUGCCCAAAAGUACUUAAGGGCUGACCGCGCCGAGCUGUGACAAGCUAUUGCCACAAGAGCCUAGCCAAGUACAAGAGUAAGCCCCCCAACCGACUGCCAAGUCACACAUGCUCAAGUGAGCCGUCUGUCUGUGUUCCAAUCUUUGAAUAGGUAGUGCCGGCCGUAGGCCAGGCACGGCGCACGGUCGCGCCCUUUAGGUUUCUGUGUUUGAUUGCUCUGCGGGACCCAACCCCAGUGCCUUCUUUGUAAGCGUCAAGUAAU